GUCAAUAUUUUGCAUCUUAAACUUAGACUUUACAACUCUCACACUCAAGCUAGAACUUGCAUAAAUCCAAUAAAAUUAAAUUCUGGAGUUGGAAUAAAAUCAAUAAAAUUGAAUUCGAGGCGAACAAUGCUCGAAGUAGCUCGAUUGCAGUGGAAGGCUAGACAGGGUGCUUUCAUUUACAACUUUGUGUGAGAAUUUCGUGCAUCCAUUCCAAUCCAGCUCGGCAAUAAGAAAGAACUAAAGCAAAGUGAGACUACGGUGCUUACUUAGUCAUCAGACGGGCCGUUGUCAUCGGAAACGGCUCUCCCGGUUCGGAGAAUCAGACCAUCGGGAUGGUUCGCGCCCUCGGGCUAAAUGAUAAGCAUGCUUUAUAUAUGUCAGAAAGCUGGAGCUAUCCUCCUCUCAAUGACACUAAAGAGGCAGCUAGUUGGGUACAUGAAGCACUGGCAGAGCGUGGAUGGAGACUACAACUAUGAGGAAUCUGUUUAUAAUUACUGUUAUAGUCACACGGUGGAAUCAAAUUCUGUUUGAGGACACUUCUUUGAAAUUUGUUUCACACACAGCUCAUAUAGGCACUCAGAAGGAAGCUGGAUUUCUAUGGAAUGAGCUAAAUAAUUCAGCUUCAUCUAUCUCUCUGCAACAUAUUCUCAUGGAUUCAACAGUAAUCACUAUGACUGAAUCAAAGUCAAAUGGCAAAGGAAAGGCUCCUGCUGUUGUCGUGUCCACCGCACCACCUCCUGCAGGAGGGUGGAAAAAAGGUGUAGCCAUUUUCGACUUCAUUUUAAGACUAUCUGCCAUUGGCGCAGCCCUAGGUGCCACUGCCAUAAUGGGCACAACUGACGAGACUCUGCCUUUCUUCACUCAGUUCUUCCAGUUCGAAGCUCAAUAUGAUGAUUUCCCAGUUUUCAUGUUCUUCCUCGUCGCAAACGCAAUUACAAGUGCGUACCUUGUCCUCUCCUUACCCUUCUCCAUUGUCUGCAUCGUCAGGCCUCAUGCAGUCGGGCCACGGCUUCUUCUUCUUAUCUGUGACACGGUGAUUAUGGCUCUCACUGCAGGGGCGGCUGCAGCUGCUGCUUCCAUUGUGUAUUUGGCUCAUAAUGGGAAUCCAAACGCAAAUUGGCUUGCAAUUUGUCAGCAGUUUGGUGACUUCUGCCAGAGCACUAGUGAGGCAGUGGUGGGAUCUUUCAUUGCAGCAUUCUUAAUCAUGUUUCUCAUAGUGUUAUCUGGUUUUGCUCUUAGAAGAUACUAGUGAAGAAAGAAAGUUUGUUUUCUUUCUCAUAAUUGGAUAUAACUAUAUGUAAUAUUUAUGUUGCUGUGGUGUGAAAGUGUGCAGAAAGCUCUGUGAUUUUAAA